AUGUACCCGGGGCUUGUCCAAAGCUUCUUCACCGAUCUGCCUUCAGCUUUCCGGGACGCCUUAGCAACAUGGGCUUGGGUGUCUUACCAGGAACCAUCCGUCGCAGUUCUGAGUGGUUCCUUCAAUCGGUCCGCUUUUGAUGCUCCCUUUGAAAGUACCACGUCAGACCCUACCCUGCAAGAAGUCAAUGACUUCCUCAAUACCACCGAGUUCAUCGCCUACGAUGAAAGGUUCUUCGACAUUAUCGGUCCCGACGCAACUGUGACCCAUGUCCAGAACCUAACCUACCAAACUCACGAAGCGCCAUGCUUCAACCCCAAUACGGAGGAGCUCCUAUUCGUCGAGUGGGGCCCGCCAGGCGGUGAUGACGGCGUGCACACUUGGCAGUACCUGCUCAACACGCGUAACAAUACGCUCCGCAAAAUCACCACCAACCCGCCUACGGUCAACCUUCACGGCUGUGUCUUCUACAAUGACGCCUACUAUGCUGUGACUGAUGGGUCCGCCAACGAGACGGGCGCUCUCGUGAAGAUCGACCCAAUCACCUUCGAGAAGACCGUGCUGCUCAACAACUACUACCAGCAACCCUUUGACGGUUUCAACGACCUCGAAAUCGACCCCGACGGCAACUUUUGGCUCACGGACUCCAAGUCUGGCGCGGGCCGCGACAUCAUCCCCUUCACGCCCCCGACCAACCCCACCGUCUACUUCGUCAACGCCACGACCAUGGCCCCCAAGCCCGUGCACAUCACCACCGGCAACGCCAACGGCGUCGCCGUCGCCCGCUCCCCGCACGACCCCUCCACCCUCGUCCUCUACCUCCCCGACACCGGCGUCUCCGUCUUCAAGCCCGUGUCCUACAAGGACCCGUACGGCGACCGCCGCCUCUUCGCCUACGACGUGUCCCCUUACGGCGGAGGCGUGCUGACGAACCCGCGCAUGCUGAACAACCCCGUCGCCUAUUUCUACGAUGGGAUUAAGGUGUCGAAGGAAGGGUGGAUUUUUGUGGGCGCGGGUGAUGGCGUGGAUGUGAUUAGUCCGACUGACGGAGUCACGCUGGGGACCAUCAGGGUGGGUGGAGGGGCGAAUCUGGCCGUGUCGAUGACCCUUGGAGAGCAUGAAUUGUGGAUUGUGGGGAGGGGAGGGGUGUGGCAUGUGAAGGGCAUUAAGGAGACGUUGGCGAGGGAGUGGUGA